AUGCAGUGCAAUGAUGGAGGCUGGGCAGCCUUUGACGCAGACAACGAUAGGCCGUAUCUCAACAGAAAUCUCUUCUCGGACAUGGAUAGCUUGUGCGAUCCUUCAACAGCGGACAUUGUCGGUCAAGAUCUCCAGACGUGGAGUCUUUUUCUGAUGGCUGCGCAGGACACCGGCUGUGCAGUGGAGAUGAGAUCUCUUAUGAAGGAAAUCCAAGUCGCCUACAGACGCGGUAUCGACUUCGUCGUGCAAAGGCAAGAGCCCAACGGCGCUUGGUAUGGUAGAUGA